AUGGAUGGCAUCAAUGUAUCGAGAAAGCGUCAGCGCACGGGCGACGCCAUCGUCAUUAAAGCCGAACCUCUUCCGAACGAUACCCUACCAACAUUGAAGGCUCAGGACCACGAUGACGGGAACGUCAUCAUCAAGACAUACACCCAUUUUUCUCGGGCGGAAGCGAUUAUAUUAUAUCGCACCGGCCGCAUAGUCGCGGAUUCGCUAGACGAAGCCCUCAAUGCCAUCCCUCCCAAUGGUUUGGACGGCCUCGUUCAAUACAAAGUUCAUCGGAGCAUACUUGUUUCCCACAGCAACGUCUUUGCCGACUACUUUAGCGGCAAGGAGACUAUUCUUAAUGAUCAUGUCGAGCAAGGCGAUGGUGUAACCGUCUUCACGGUGGAAGACCAACGUCUGGACCUGGAUGAGUUCUUUAGGGUAAUAUACACUCCCUACUCCAGAUAUCUGAGCGACGCUGCCGCGAAGUGCGACAAGAUAACUAUGCUCGGCAUAUUAUCUCGGAUACUCAAUGCUACAGAGAGGUUUGACUCUCGGUCCAUCCGCGAAACCGUGGAUAGUUAUAUUCAGCGACUAUACCCUGCACGGCUUUCAUCUUGGGAUAGAGACAAGUUCAAUAGCUUAUCUCCACCUGUCACCGCUCUCACCAUCCGACUUGGUAUAGAUCACAAAAUUGGCUCUAUCCUGCCAAUAUUUCUCUACCAUCUGAGCACCACACUCGGAGUCUUUGAUGGCUUCGCCAGUCCUGAUCAUCAGGUCGACUUCGACACCGUCUUGGCGACGUUGACCGCGCGUGAGACGCGCAUACUCUACGGAGGAAGUUCGACACUAUACUCGCAGAACAACUUUCGCAUGGCAGCGCUCGCUGCUCUUGAGGGCUAUUCAUCAUGCAAACGAUCUUCGCCACCCGGAGUACCCGAGUGCACGGAGAUCUUUGCCGGGAUAGUGCGCCCAAGCUUUGCGCUGCCUAGUUCACCGGCCAGCGCCUAUCGAACCCGCUUCCCUCUGGACCGAUUUGAUCAGAUCGAAUCGGUCGUUGCGACGCAUAAUGAUAUAUGCCCCACCUGUCAGAAGGACUUCGUACAGAGGACACGGGAGGCUAAGCUACAACUGUGGAAGGAUCUUCCGCGUAUCUUCAACGUCGUUGACCUGGCUGGGAAAGGAUGGGGUUCUGAGUGA